AUGGCGAAUGAGGAUCUGGUUUCAUGGAAUGCAAUACUGUCAGGUUACUCUCAAGAGGGAAAUCAUGGGCUUGAGGCGAUUUUUGUCUUUAUUGAGAUGGUGGGAGAAUGGAUGGGGUUAGAUCAUGUCUCAUUUACUGGUGCAGUUUCAGCUUGCGGUCAUGAAAUGAAUUUAGAACUUGGGAAACAGAUACAUGGCUUGACAAUUAAAUCAGGAUGUGGAAGUCAUGUUUCAGUUUGUAAUGUAUUUUUCUCGACAUAUUCAAAGUGUGAGGAUAUGGAAGUCAUGGCGAAAUGA